AUGUAUCCAAAUUGGCUCGUUCUGCUCCACUUGUCGCUGGUUUGUUUGGGAGUUGCUUCGCAAAUGUUUGCACAGCCGCUGACAAAGAAGCACAACACCGGUAUUUUGAGCAUCGAACGGUCGGCGGGACAGAAGAUUGAGGAAGCCGCGCUGCUGCAGCAACUGCAACAAAUCACGGGCAGCGAAGCGUUGGCGCCAUUGUUGCAGGAGUUAAUAGGCCAAACUGUGCCAAAUUGGCAGCAGCAACAACGGCAGCAACAACAGCAGCAACAGCAGCAACAACAGCAGCAAUACCAGCAGCAACACCAACCAAAACAGCAGCAACAACAGGCCACAAAUCAACCGCAACAACAGGAACAAGACUUUUUUGUUUAUGAAAACGGAGCGGGUCAACAACCUCAAAUAUUGACCGGGUUCAAUGGCGUCAAUGUGCAACCUGAACAACGCCAGCAGCAACUGCGCCUCCUGCCAAAGCCAAUUGAGACCGAACAACAAUAUCCAGCAGCCGGGCCAAAAAUCGUUAAGGCGCCGCCAGCCGCAGCAGCCGUUUGGGCGCCGGAUCUCAAGAGCCACCCGCCCCCAUCCCCGGCAACUGCAGCGCCAGCAAGUUGCCAAGUCUGCUGCAAUCCGUCGGAAGUUGCCGCUGCCGCUGCCGCUGCCACUGCCACACCCACUGCCACGCCCUGUCCGCCCACUUUGGGCGGCCAAGAGUUGGUCCCGCUGCUCAGUGCCACGGCGCUCAAGGCGACAGCUGGUUAA